AUGUCUGCCGGAAAACAACUCAGAAUUGCUGUUGGUGGUGAUGAUGCUGGCUUCGAUUAUAAAGCUACUCUGUCAAAAGACCUCUCGUCGGACCCGAGAGUGAGCGAGGUUAUCGACGUUGGCCCAAAAGCCUCCAGUGACAAAACUGCCUAUCCUCACUUCGCAAUCGCCGCAGCUGAGCUCGUUGCCCGGGGGGAGGCUGACCGCGCGCUUCUCAUUUGCGGCACCGGGCUGGGCGUAGCCAUCAGCGCUAACAAAGUUCAGGGUGUGAGAGCUGUCACCGCCCAUGACAGUUUCAGCGUCGAGCGAGCUGUAUUGUCAAACGACUCCCAGGUAUUAUGUUUGGGGCAGCGUGUUAUUGGAAUCGAGCUGGCGAGGAGGUUGGUGAAAGAAUGGUUGGGAUACACUUUUGAUCCAAAAUCUGCGUCGGCCGCAAAGGUACAAGCCAUAAACGAUUACGACUUGAAGGCUGUGAAAGUAUAG